GCGCUGGUCUCAAAACGCGCCGCACGCCGCCGCCGCGGCACGGUCGCACCACUAUUGAAGGCGCACGGACCCUCCGCCUGCAUUGGGAACAGGGGGCAGCCUUAGCUCGCACCAAUUUGCGUGCCGGGAGCCGCCCAGUGGGUGCCUCCCCGUAGCAUUGGGCAGCCAUGGGCGCCGGCGCCAGCACGAACCUGGCCUGGGAGCCGUCGGUCCUCGGAGACAGUGCAGCAGAAAUAAUAAGACAAAUUCGUAGUGGCGAGAGGACUUGUGUGGAAAUCGUCCAGGCUAGCUUGGACCGCAUCACACUACUGGAGACGAGCGAGCGGCCCCUGAACGCCUGCGUCGAGACCCUGGCCGAGAGUGCGCUGGAAGCGGCCCGCACCGUCGACGAUAAGGUCAAGAAUAAACGACCGCUGGGACCGCUCGAAGGGCUGCCCAUCGUCGUCAAGAUUAACGUUGACGUCAAAGGAGCGCUGACCACGGCGUCGACGGCGGCUCUGAAGGAGUGGCGGCCGCCAUCGAACGCGCCGUGCGUCUCCCGACUAAUAGAGGCGGGGGCAAUAAUCGUGGCUCGAGCGAACAUGUGCGAGCUCGCUGUGGGCUUUAGCGGCGCUUCGCCGGUGCACGGCUUGUGUUUGAACCCGCGGAACCCGGCGAUCAACGUGGGCGGGUCGUCGUCGGGCACGGCAGCAAGCGUCGCUGCGGGUAUCGUGCCCUGCGGGCUUGGUAGCGACACGGGCGGUUCGUUGCGGGGGCCGGCGGCUUUAUGUGGUGUUGUUGGGUUUCGUCCUUCCACAGGCCGCUGGCCUUCGAAGGGUGUGGUGCCCGUGUCCGCAUUACGAGAUACGCCGGGGCCCAUCGGCCAAUCGGUGGAGGACGUGUGUUUGUUGGACGCGGCGGCCACGUCUUCACCGUUGGUGGAGGCAAAGGACGUGACAGACCUCAAGAUAGGCAUACCGAGGGACUGGCUCGCCACGGCUCCGAAUGGUUGCGAUGAGAACGCCCUGGCCGCAUUAGAUGCGGCUUCUGCAGCUCUACGCAAGAGCGGCGCGCUCGUGGAAGACGUGGACGGCUUCUGCGCCGUGACGGAGACCAGUAGGGAUACGUGGCCCGUCCAGGUGCUCCCCGUGCCCUUCGAGAACAACCAUAACGACCUACAAACAUACAUCGAGGCCCACCAGGACGCUCUAGGCUUAGAUAUAGAAGCUUUACGUCCAUUGGAUCGCAUGGAGCGCAAGCUGUACUUUGCGUCGUUAGAUGAUGAAUCACUGAAACAGAUCGCGAGACGAGCGCACUGCGAGAAAGAUUGUGUAAUGGAUCUACUCGACAGUAUCGGCACGUUGACGGUAUCAAGUAUCCAGGACAAGGUCGCUUCUCCACAUAUCCGCGCGCUGUUUGAUUCACCAAAAAUACCGCAGGAUAUUAUUGAUGAGCGCCUCGGCUUCGCAAAAGACCCGGACCGGCCGAUGGCCAAAAACUUAACGGAGCUCAAGAGGUGGGAGUCCGAGGAGCGCGGGCGCCGCUUAGCGGUCAAGGACGAGGAGAUCCAACGGGUGAUACAGGAGGUCAUCGACGAGAAGACGCAGGCUUCACAAAAGGGUGUUGAGGCGCUGGAAAAGGCCUACCGUGCUUUCUUCGCCGAGAAGAACAUACGAUGCUUACUACUACCUACGAUGCCCCAGCCGCCGGGUACCAUCAAUGACAAGGGCUACGCCGCGAAGGCGUUUACGAACGAGUACCACUGGCUCUUCCAUCUGAACGAGAUCCCCGUGCCCUCCAUAACCCUACCGACGUCCGUCGUCUUCCCGGGGUCCAUGAUUCCAUGCAGCGUGCUGCUUUAUGGAUUGGAUGAUGCCGAAUUGCUCGGCGUCGCGCGGACGCUCGAGGACGCAUUAGGGGGUGUGUCGGACUGGGCGGUGGCGGCGUUCGGCGGGCGGCGGACGCUCGGCGGGGCGCCCUGACGACGCCGUCGACGCGCCCCGCGCCUGAGACGGCGCCGCCGACACGCCCUCCCGAAGUGAACGCCGUCGACGCGCGCCAGUGUUCUGUCGCCCCUGACGAGGCGUCGCGGGCGCGUAGCCCGUGUUCUGUGUACAUACUAUAAAUUUCCGCACCG